ACUACUACAAUCCCAAAAGCUUUCUCGCUAAAAGCCAUUUCAAAUCUCCACAGAUUUCUCCACAAAUUCUCUCUCGUUUUCUCAGUUUCUUCCUCAAAAUCUGAGGAAAAGAGCCGAGCUACAAUGGAUCAAUACCACGUCUAUGGAGCCAUUGGACGAGGAAAAUACUCGACUGUGUAUAAAGGGAGGAAGAAGAAGACAAUCGAGUAUUGCGCCAUUAAGAGCGUCGAUAAAUCGCACAAGAACAAGAUUCUUCAAGAAGUUAGGAUUCUGCAUUCUCUUGGCCACCCAAAUGUUUUGAAGUUUUAUUGUUGGUACGAAACUUCAGCUCACUUGUGGUUGGUUUUGGAGUAUUGUGUUGGAGGAGAUCUCAGAACUUUGUUACAGCAGGAUGGUCAGCUGCCGGAAGAUUCAAUCCAUGAUUUGGCUCAUGACCUUUUAAAAGCUUUGCAGUUUUUACAUUCAAAAGGAAUUAUAUACGGUGAUUUGAAACCUUCAAACAUCCUAUUGGAUGAGAAUGGGAGGACAAAGCUAUGUGAUUUUGGCUUGGCUAGAAGACUGAAUGAAAUAUCAAAAGUCCCUUCUUCCUCGUUGCCACAAGCAAAACGAGGAACCCCAUGUUAUAUGGCCCCUGAGUUGUUUGAAGAUGGAGGAGUCCAUUCAUAUGCAUCUGAUCUCUGGGCUCUUGGCUGUGUACUAUAUGAAUGCUACACAGGGAUACCUCCUUUUAUUGGGAGGGAAUUUACUCAGCUAGUAAAAUCCAUCCUCUCAGAUCCAACUCCACCUUUACGAGGUUCUCCUAGCCGCCCUUUUGUAAAUCUAAUAAAUUCUUUAUUGGUAAAAGAUCCAGCUGAAAGAAUACAGUGGUCAGAGCUUUGUGGGCAUGCUUUUUGGAGAAGCAAGCUAAUCCCUGUGCCAUUACCACCUCAACCUGCUUUUGCUAAUAUGAUAGGAAUGUGUGAUAAGCCAUGUCUCUCAGAGCGUAAUGGUGAUAAACCUUCCCAAAAUAGAACCCCUCCUAAAUCUCGUGAAAAAGAUGUAAAAGGAGCUCUCAAGCAGGACGAGAAUCUAACAUCAAAAGGUAGUGAGACACCUGUUAAGAGUACUCCAGGCAGUCGCAGAACUCAACCAAAAGUUUCUGGCAGAGUUCUUGAAGAGAAGCAACGAAAUAAGUCUGGUAAUACUAGGGGUGUGAACCUCUUAAGACUCUCGAGAAUAGCAAAAUCAAAUUUGCAGAGAGAGAAUGACAAGGAAAACUACCGAAGGCCCAUGUGUACAAAUUCGGAAAAUGAUUCUGAAGUCAAAAUUGAGAACACUGAUAUGGAACUUGAUUUUAAUGAGAACAAUGAAGAUGAAGGACAUGACGAAGCUGAUGGAUCUGACAACCAAGCUUGUACACCUGAAGAUAAGUUGUCUAACCAAAAUCAGCAUAAUGGAAAAGUUGAAGACAUGGAAAUUGUAGAGCAAUCAGACGUCUCAGAUGAACCAAGAAAAUUUGAGCAGGAAUCAUCUCAAGAACACAUUGAAGUGGCUGCAACUCCACCAACUGCUAGUCCACAACUUAAGAAUCAGAGAAUCAAAGAAGGCGUGGAAUCUGUUCUUGAAUCUGAUUCUACAAAAUCAUCUGAUAAUCUUUUACAGGUUCUUUGGCAUGCAACAGAUCUCUCGGUUAGACCUGUAAUGCCCAGUAGAAAAUCUGACAAAGUGCUAGAUGUGAUUCCUUCGCUUCCCUUUGAGGCAUUGCAGGUAUCUGAGUUUGCGAAAAAGUCUAAGGAGCAUUUGGAUGCACUCAAUAAUAAGAUUAUAGCCAUAUUACAUGGAAACAGUAGCAUUUCAGAGAAACAGAAUGUAAUCAGAUACCUUGAAAUGUUGAGCACUAAUGCUGAUGCAGCCAAUAUGUUGACCAAUGGACCAAUAAUGCUCAUGCUUGUUAAAAUGCUUCGACAGUCUAAGACUUCGGCUUUGCGAAUCCAACUUGCUUCAUUGAUUGGUUUAUUGAUUCGGCAUUCUACUUUUAUUGAAGACAGUUUGGCAAAUUCUGGAAUUUUAGGUUCACUUACUGAUGGGCUAAGAGAUAAACAGGAAAAGGUGAGGAGAUUUUCAAUGGCUGCAUUAGGUGAGCUGCUAUUCUAUUUAUCAACCCAAAAUGAGCAUACCAAAGACAAGAAUCCGUUAGAAUCUCCAUCAAAGGAUACCCGGUCUUCGGCUGGGUGGCAGGUUCCAAAUUCACUGAUCUCAUUGGUGUCAUCAAUUCUACGAAAAGGAGAGGAUGAUAUAACUCAGCUUUAUGCUUUGAGGACUAUCGAAAACAUUUUUAGUCAAGGAGCGCACUGGGUGGCUCGUUUCACCAGCCUGGAUCUGAUAAAUAACUUGUGUUAUAUAUAUAGGGCUGCUGGGAAACAGGAGACCAUGAGGCUUACAGCAGGAUCAUGUUUGGUCCGCUUAGUUUGUUUCAAUCCUCAAAGCAUUCAAUCAGUCAUAGAAAAACUCUCAUUCAAAGAUAUGGCAUCUGCCCUUGUCAAGGGUAGUCUAAGGGAGCAGCAAAUCAGCUUAAACCUUCUAAAUACGGCCAUGAUUGGAAGUCAUAUGUUCACAAAUAUUGGCAAGUAUCUUUUACCAUUAGCAGAGGAUAAGAAUCUUGUCCUGGGUAUUUUGUCUAUUAUUGAGCAUGGAAGUGAAGUUUUGAAAGGGAAGGCACUUGUUUUUGUUGCUCUCCUUUGCAAGAAUGGUAGGAGGUGGCUACCACAAUUUUUUUGCAAUGCAAGAUUUCUUUCUGUGGUGGACAGACUGGCAAAAGAGAAGGAUCGAUUUCUGCAGCAGUGCUUGGAUGCAUUCGUAAAUGUUGUUGCCUCUACGAUUUCCGGUUUAUUGGAUAUCAUAACUGGAGAAGUUCAGCAAUUGAUGGGAGGAAGACGCCAUGGUCAUUUUUCUGCCCUUACUAGUCGAGCUGCUCCAAAGAGUAACAUUCAAUUACUUCCGGUGGUUCUUCAUUUUCUUGGAAGCUCAUCUUUCAAGCACAAGGUGGUUAAUGCUCAGGUGCUGCAACAGUUGGCAAAUCUAAUCAAACUUACAGAGACUCCUUUUCAGGGCAGGGAUGACUUCCAAAUAACCCUUCUCAGAAUACUUGAAUCUGUGUCAGAGGAAUCACCUGUGAUUGUUGAAUGCCCUGAUAUUUUUAUCCGUGAAAUUCUCCCAAGUUUGGCCGUUCUGUAUAAGGGCAACAAGGAUGGUGACGCCAGAUUUUUGUGUCUGAAAAUUUUGUUCGAUGUUAUGGUUACUCUCUUGAACGAAAGAUUUGAAGAUGAUCAUCGGUUGAAGGGUUUGGAGACCAUUUCCAAUAAGCAUUUCCUCCCUCUCUAUCCCUCCUUGAUCGAAGACGAAGACCCCAUUCCCAUGUAUGCACAAAAGCUUCUCGUGAUGCUCAUCGAGUUCAACUACAUUCAAAUCUCUGACAUUCUACAUCUAAAGACAAUUUCGCAGUGCUUUGAGUUCUUGCUUGGUGAUCUCUCAAAUGCAAAUGUUAGCAAUGUCAAGCUUUGCCUUGCUCUGGCAUCUGCUCCUGAAAUGGAAUCCAAGUUACUCUCCGACUUAAAGGUGGUUAGGAGGAUCGCAAAUCUUUUGGAGUUCGUCUAUGCAAAGGAUAUGGAAGACUUUCUAGAACCAACACUUGGCCUCUGCAAGGCUUUUCUCCGCCGAGCAGUCACUGGCAGGAGAGACUUCAUCUACACAAAAGAACCUGCUCUUUUAGGUGAUUGUUCUCCCGAAGCAUUCGGCGCAGUGGAUCAGCAGCAUGGAAUAAGAGAUAUCGCAGACUUUGGAAGCAACGUUUCGGUUUUGCUUGAGUUGUGUGGUCUCCAGGGAGCAACCAUGGCGGAUAUAGCUUCUGAAUGUGUGAUCUUGCUGCUCAAAGCCGCUCCAAGGGAAGCCACUGCUGGUCUGCUAACCAAACUCCCCAAGGUCAGCGCAAUUCUUGAGUCAUGGAGUAAAGGCAUAUCUCACUUACUGGUGCAGCGAAUGCUACACGCCCUUGGCUACGCUUGUAAGCUGUAUUUGUCACAAGCAAUGAUACUGUCCAUAUCGAUACCUGAAGUUUCAAAGAUUGAAGCCAUUCUGUCUGACCUCAAAAGCUCUGGAAUUCCCGGUCUAGCCAAUGCUGCUUCACUUGUUGCCGUGGAGUUACAGCGCCUGCCUCGUUGCAUUUGAAAUCCCGGCAAUUGAACUUCAGAGUAAUUGAUCUUUUUCAGAAGAGCAUGAAAGAAAGACGUGCAUAGUAUAUCAGAAGACCGUAUAGGGAGAAGGUCAAUGACUCAUUUUGGCGAGUCAACAAAAUCCUUCUCUGCCUAGUAUUUUCAGUUACUUUUUGCUCGUCUCGGGCCAUAGUUUAAUCACUGUAUACCUUGUAUCUCCGUUCUCAUGUAAGUGUAUUUUUUCUUCUUUUUUUUUUUUAAUUAUUCCUUUUUGGGUUCUGUUAGAACUUGAAUUUGAGAAAUUCGCUAAAAUUCCUGUACUCUUUUCCGCUAUGUAUCAAU